UCCGCUUGUUCUUCUUCGUUCGCCCGCACGGGGAAGUGUCCUCCGUGGUGUCAUUGUAGGUUGAAUAUCCAAAAGGUUAAAAAAAAAAAAACAAUGUCUGGAUACACACCGGACGAGAAGCUCCGCGUCGAGCAGAUUAGGACGCUGCGGAGAAGGUGGCUGAAGGACCAGGAGCUCAGCCCGAGGGAGUCCGCAAUACAAGCUAAACCCUCCGGCGCCGUUGCUAAGUUCUGGGCUGGCUUUCUGGAGCCCAAGAGCCUGUGGAGACUUUACACCUACAAAGCAUACAACGGUGGAGUUUUUGCAUUAACACGGUUGUUGAUACCAGCUUGGAUUGCUCACUACUGUGUGAAAUACCAUAUUGCUCAAAGACCAUAUGGCAUUGUGGAAGUGAAACCCAAGCUGUAUCCCGGUGACACCAUUCUGGAAACGGGUGAAAUUGUUCCAGAUCUCCCCGAGACCCAUGGCCAUCACUGAAGUUGGAAUAGUUCAGUAAUUUUCUGUUGUAAAAACUGUGUAUAUGCCAAUAAAAUAUUAUAAAAUCA